AUGCUACCGCAUAAUAGACAUCAUGAUACGCCUAUCUACGAUGACCUACCGAACCAACUAUAUCUUGCUCCCGAAUACGAGCGAUUCGGCAGUGAGGUGUUUCGCCACUUCGGCGCGCCGACCGUCAACUGGCGUGAGCUACUAGUACCAGAGCUCGUAAGACUCUCCGAGUUGGCACGGCCGCCGGUGGAACUCAUUAGACAGGCACUGAUGAAGAUUGGAAUGACGAUAGCCACGAAAGGGAUGGACGAAAAGCUGCGCAAAGCUCUAGAACAUCUUCGAGGGGCAAAGUUCCUCCCUUUCAAAACUUCUGACAACGUCCUUGAAUAUAAGGGUUUAGAAGAGGACUUCGCAAUUCUCGACCAUACUCGCUUCGGCAGUGCCUUCGAGGGGCGUUCAGUAUUAUUGGACUUCUCGCUGAAAGAGUGGCAAGUUUUGGACUCAUUCUUCCGUCAUUUCAAGCUAGACGAUCGCUAUCUAUCGGUCGCCGUUACAGAGCAUACGGAGACUAGCGAAGAAGGUUUGGAAAACGAAGACCUCACCUUGACUUUACGCGCACAAGCAUAUGCUCUCUAUUGCUGCUGCAUCGAGGCACUUGAGGAUAUUAUGCAAGAGCAAGACAUAUAUCCGGUUUCUUGGAUUCCCAGAACGCCGCGGCUAGAAUUACCGGUAGAGGUCAGAGAGCAGCAAAGUGGCCGAGAAGCCACUCUCAACGAUCAUGGUGCAUACGGGAGUUCAGAAGAAGAAAACUCUGAGGACACCGUUCGGGAGACUGUAGAAGGUGAUGGCGGCGAGAAUUCAGACAUAAAUCCCCCAGACGCAGUCCCAGAUUCCGGGAUUCUUCUCCGAUUCCUUUUCGGGGCUUCAAACGCCCGGCCGGGAGCCAGAUACGAUAGCACAGAGAAGUGUGAUCCAGCAUCUCCCGAUACGCCUCCAGCAGAUGAUGAUCCACACUCUAUGUCCAAAGGUCGUGGCCGACAUAAGGUGCGACCAACCGACAUGAUGGUCACCGGUAUAGCAGGUGAAGUCCAUGUUUAUGAGACUCUACAAGAGCUGAUUCCUAACUUCAAUAUCGACAUUUGGCAGAGCAGGAAUCGUCGCGUGGCCAACGUCCUAAAAGAAUACCAGGAUGUAAAGAAUUGGGCGUUCCCUGAGUCGACUGAUCUCGUCUGCACUGAUGACACCGGCAAGCUUACCCAGAUCCUGCGUGGGGAAUGCCAAGGCGGGUUCCCUGAACUGCACGGCGGCGAUCCGACUAUUGCACAGCCCAUCAAUUACUUCAUUGAAGUAAAGACGACGAAGAACCAGGCCAAUACCCAAUUUUGCGUGACGAAGAAUCAAUAUCGAUUGAUGGAAGAGUACCAGAUAAGGCCAGACCAGCGGCCAACGAACAUCUAUGUCAUCUUCCGCGUCUUCAAAUGUAGGUCAGCCGAGGAUAUUGGUAUACGCAUAUAUGUUGAUCCUUGGAAUCUGCGAGAUACCGAGUUGAACUUCAAGCCCCAAGGAUCCUUAUGGGUGACGCCGGUUUUCCGGCGUCGAGGUCGUAGUAGAUCGCGUAGCGUGUUGGAAGAGCAAAAGGCUGGCGUGGUGGGCUAGACAUACUGCGCAGAGAUGACUAUGUUGACUUAUUGCGCUUGCUGUAGGCUUGCGAUCUCGAUACGUGCUGGAAAAAGGUAGGUGUGACUCUAGAUGAACGGUGAAGCAUCAGGGCAUAGCCCUACGAGGCGAACGAUUGUCACGUGGAUGACUUUCACGCCAUCGCGUCCUUCUAUCAUUUCAUUUCAUCUAUACCUCAGAUACAAUCAAGCAAUCCCAAGCAG